AUCCUAAUUACAUUAUUUCCUUCGUUGUUGCAUCAAUUUGUUUAACUUGUCAUCGGAGGAUUAAUUUGAAACCGACAAAACCCUUGAUACAUAGUACGCGAGUAAUCGGUGCCUGUGAAAUCAGAUAUUUCACGGUCAGCAUCUGAUACUCGCACCAUCCUCUGGUCUUCUCAUCAUCCAGUUGAGUCAACUUUAGCUAGGGUUUCGAAUGAAUUAGCCUACACUACUAUUAUUUCAACAUUAUCCCCAAAUUUUAUAAUAAUCACUAGAAUUAUAUAGCCAUGGACACUAAGCUAUUGUUGUCUCUUCUCUGCCUCAUCGCUUCCCUUCGCUCAUCCUUCUCUGCUUCCUUUCAAGCUGACUUGAAAUCUGUUCCUGAUCUUGAGAAAUCAAUGUACAGCAUAAUAGAUGGAUUUCCUUGUGUACGAUUACUCAACCUUCAUGGAGAGAUUGGUUGUUCAAAUCCUGGCAAUGGAAAAGUUGUGGCUCCCGUCGUAAGACUUGACAGUGCCGAAAAUAUCGUUCAGCCAUCUGCAUUAUUGGUGUCAUCAGAUGAAUAUGACAGCUUACUGAAAAGAAUAUCUGAUGAUUCACACUUUGCUCGGAAUGUGGCUGGUGUACUGGUACAAUCAGACAUGCAGGAUAAGUUGAAAGGUCUGUCCCCUGAUACAAAGUUUCCACAAGCCGAAUUUUCUCCUUAUGACAGCAGAACUCAUCAAUGGAAUCCUAAUGGUUCUGGUACUAUGUGGGGGAGAUACAACUUUCCUGUGUUUUUACUUUCUCAGAGUAGCACUGCUAAGUUGCAAGAGGUGGCAGAGAAGAAUGAAAAGAGAAACAAAGGUUCAGCUACACAUGUGGCUGAGUUUGAUGUGGUGAUGCAGACAACAAAAGCUGGCACACAUAAUUCAGAAUCUUGUUUAGAAGAGGAAGCUUGCCUGCCUUUGGGUGGAUACAGUGUUUGGUCGGCACUUCCUCCAAUUGAUACCACAUUAUCCACACAGUCUAAGCCCAUUAUACUAGCGGUUACAUCUAUGGAUGCUGCUUCCUUUUUUCGUGACAAAAGCCUAGGUGCUGAUUCCCCAAUAUCUGGACUGAUCUCACUGUUGGCUGCAGUGGAUGCUCUUUCACGUGUUGAUGGUCUGAAGGAUCUUGCUAAACAGCUUGUAUUUGUUGUAUUCACUGGGGAAGCUUGGGGCUACCUUGGUAGCAGGAGAUUUCUUGCUGAACUUGAUCAACAUUCAGAUGCUACUAGUGGGCUUAGUCACAUGUUAAUUGAAACGGUUUUGGAAGUUGGAUCAGUUGGCAAGGGCUUUGAUGAUGGGGUUAAAUCAUUUUUUGCUCAUGCAACAGGAGUUUCAUCUGGAACUAAUGAUACAUUAAAAGCCUUAAAGAAAGCCCAAGAAUCACUAGGGACUGAAAGCAUAAAAAUCUCAUCAGCAAGUUCCUCUAAUCCUGGGAUUCCUCCUUCGUCACUGAUGGCCUUUCUGAAUAAGGACUCUCGUACUUCUGGAAUUGUUUUAGAAGAGUUCGAUACUGUCUUUGACAACAAAUUAUAUCACAGUCAUCUCGAUGAUAUUACUAAUAUCAACUCUUCAGCCAUAAUUGCAGCCGCUACCAUUGUUGCACGGUCCCUAUACAUACUUGCCAGCGACAACAAGGAGUUGAGUUCUUCAGCCCUAAGUGCUGUUUCUGUGAAUACUUCUUUAGUUGAAGAACUAUUGGGUUGCUUGUUAUCAUGUGAACCUGGAUUAUCAUGUGAUCUGGUAAAGCAGUAUAUUUCGCCAACCAGUUCUUGCCCCAGCCAUUAUGUUGGUGUUGUCUUGGAGGAACCAUCUUCCACUCCAUAUCUUGGUUAUGUUGGUGAUGUUCCAAGGUUUGUGUGGAAUUUUCUGGCAGAGAAGACAUCCUUUCCGUCAAAAAAUGAUAGUUCUGCCUGUCCGAAAGAUUGUAGUAAUACAGGCGAAUCAUGCAUUAAAGCGGAGACAGAUGGGAAGGGAGUCUGUGUUAUCUCUACAACAAGGUAUGUUCCAGCAUACUCAACGCGCUUAAAGUUUGAGUCAGAAUCUUGGAAAGUGUUGCCAAAAAAUGCAUCUGACCCGAUGGGAGUAGCAGAUCCAGUUUGGUCAGAAAGCAAUUGGGCUCCUAUACAGCUCCGGGUGUUUUUAGUUCAAGAUUCUUCGUAUGAUUAUCUGAUCCUCUUUGUGGGCAUUGGUCUUACAGUUUUAUCAUACAUUGCAAUAGUUGUAGCAAGAUCCAUCAUAGCAAAAUCAAUGAAGCGGGAUUGACUAUGGGCAUUAGUGGACUUAAUAUUGAUAUGAUCAUGAACCUGCUUCACAAAUUCCUCAACACCAUUAGAGUUGCUGUAGCAAGUAUUCACUGUUCUAACUUUUGGGAAGAGCAAAAUUUUGUGCAUUUAUGUCAACCAGUGUUUAGUGUUCAACAUGACACAUCUAGACAACAUUGUACAACUCCCAUUUGUAUUAAUUUGGUUAAAGCACUUGAGGGUUAUAAUUAAAUGAUCAAGGGUUCAAAAGUU